AUGGAAGGUGAUGAACAGACUCGCAUGGCUCGCCCUCGAUGGAAGAAUUACCCUGAGGCGAUCAACUUCAUUCUAAAGAGAACAAUCCCGGCACACCCAGUACCCCGUGGUAGCUUUCGCCAGCUAUAUCCGAACGUUGCCAAGCAGGUCAAUGAAAAAUUCGAUUUCGGAGGACGAAAGGCUGAUGCCGUCGGCAUCAAAUAUGUGACCGAGAAGUACGGUUCGGACCCUGUCUUUGGCAACCGUAAGAUGCAGGUGGUGCAUCCUGUCAAGGGAAAGGCCAAUACCAGAGAAAAGAAGAACCUCUUGAGAGCGAAGCGAGCGGUCGCGAACGGCGGUGGAAGCCUCAUGAUUUGCCCUCAUUGCGAGGGAAAUGGAUUCGUGGAUACCAAGGAAGAGGCAGAAGACGAGGACGAUAUGUUCCAAGGGAGCCAGGGAAUGGCAACAGAUCCUCCAACCCCUAUAGUUCAUGGAGGGAAUGGAGCUAUGCAACCAGACCCGGCCAAUACACUCGCCGGCGCGAACUCUUACCAGGGUUUCCAGCAACCUACUGGAAAUGCUGGUAACAUGUAUGGUCCGUCAUCCAUGGCUCACAUGCCUGGUGGUUAUCCUGGCCCGUCGCAGCCUGGGCAAGUCUCUCAAAUGAACUACCAAUACCCACCACAAGUUCCGGCACCGGCCGUAAUGGGCGACAACAACGCUUAUGGGAAUUUCCAAGGCGGUAUUGAGCCAAACCAAACAUUCCAGAACACCGGUGGAUGGAAUAGCGCAGGCAAUGCAAUCGACCAACAGUUCCAGGGUGGACAAGCAUUCGGUUUAGGACCUGUCGAGAACCAGCAGGCUACCCCGAUGCCUCCUCCCACCGUCCAUUACGGAUGGCGGGAUAACACGACUAUGGGCGCGGGUGAGAUUGGCCACCAGAAUUAUGGGCAGAUGAUCCAAGGAGGAAACGUGCCUCAAACGAACGAACUCAUCCACAUAGAUCCAGCCUUGAGAUCCGGGACUGUUAAUGGUCAGCUUUCGGCCGGCGGAGGGAACAUCAUAGCAAGAACACCUGGAUCCGGAUUGAGACCUCAGCCUAACAACGCCGGGGGCAAUGCUGGCUUAUAUGGGAAUUCGCAAGGAGGGAACCAAGCGACAACUUCGGCUCAGGCCCAGAUUCAGCCUCAGCCUCAGCCUACACCUGUCGCAGGUAAUCGACCUUCUGGACCGGUGUCCGCUGCCGGUGCAAAUGUCAAUCACCUCCCCAAUGAUUUUUCAUUUGAAAAUCCCGGGUUUAACCAUGGUUUGCAAUCUGCUCAGUUGAAUGGUCCCUUGACAGACACCUCCAAUGGCAACGACACCAAUCUUGACAACCAGAAUUUUACCAUCAACGAGGACUUCAGCUUUCUGGAGUACUUGAACGAUAACAGUGACUUAUUCAAGGUUUGAGCGGUUGGUCUGUCCGUGUCCACUGUCCGUCUGUCUGGUUGGGAAAGAUAUGUCGAUGAAAAACUGGUCUUGAAGUUGAACACAUCGUACAACACAGGGCUGCCUGUUUCUUAUGGGAAUUGCUGAGUUUGAUUUUGGAGUUACUGCAUCAUGGAGUCUGGGAAAGAAAAAAAAGGUUGAGAAGGAAAGGGACACUGAAAAUCAAACCCUUGGAGUUCUGGUUUGAUUUCACAGAUCUAUGUUGAUUUCUGGUGUGGGUGGGAAUUGUCUAGU